GCGCAAAUAUUUUAUCUUAUCCCCUUACUUUUCGUACUAAUAGUUUUCCACAAUGUCAGACGACUUGACCGAUACCAAGGUUGUCUACGAGGAGAAGCAGACCGUCAAUGCCAACGAUCCAAAGCUCAAGUGGGCCUUUAGAAAGGUCGACAUGACGCUGCUCUUCAUUAUUUUCCUGAGUAACGUGCUCAACUCGAUGGACCGCGCCAACCUCGGUCUGUCAAAGGUCGACGGGCUCGAGAGAGAUACGGGCAUGUCCGGCUCCGAUUUCAACGUCGUCGCCAGCAUCAUGUACCCGACAUACUUGCUAUUCAUGCUGCCCAGCAACCUGCUUUUGCGCAAAUUCGGCGCCCGCAUUUGGCUCUCGCUCAUCACCGUGGUGUGGGGAGUCAUCAACAUGUGCAUGGCAUUCGCCAAGAACAGGACCGACCUGAUCCUGUGCCGUCUGUUCCUUGGUGCUGCCGAGAGUGGCGCAACGCCCGGUGCGCUGAUGCUUAUCACGCUCUGGUAUCCGCGCCGGAUGGUUACAUCGCGCGUUGCUCUGUUCUACUCGGCGUUCGCAGCCGGCGCCAUCAUUGGCGGGCCCAUUGCCUCAGGAAUCCGCAAGAUUGACAACCCGCGGUUCCGAGCCUGGGAGUGGAUCUUUUUCGUCGAGGGCCUGCUCACUGCCGGCUUCGGCUUCGUCAUGUAUAUUUUCCUGGCCGACUACCCCGACAAGAGCUGGAUCCUGAGCCAGCAGGAGAAGGAUCUGAUCAACAGCCAGAUGGCCGAAGAGCAGGCCCAGGGCGGCAAGAAGCCGGUCAACUACCGGCGUCUUUUGUCGUUCGCCAAGGACCCGCUCAUCUACACCCUGGCGCUGAUCCUGUUUUGCGCCAACUUUGGCGUCAACACCAUCCUGACCUUUGCCGCCAUCAUCGUCAAGGAGAUGGGAUACAGCCCUGGUGCCUCGCAGGCCAUGCAGGCGGCUCCGGGAAUCUGCGGGUUUAUUGGAAUUCUGCUAUCGCGCUACUACCCAAAAUGGUUCCGCUCGCACUACUUUAGCUCGCUGUUCUGCUCGGCCUGGCUUGUGAUCGGCUCGGCUGUGCUCUUGGGGGUUACCAACAACGGCGCGCGCAUCUUUGCCCUGUGCAUGCUGUCGUUUGGCGCCUUCGGCAAUGUCGGCAUGGGCCCUGGAUGGCUGAUGAGCAACGUCGGUGGACCGACCCGCGCUGCCCUGGCCGGUGCCAUGAAUGUGAUCCUGGGCGGCCUCGGCGGCCUCUGCACAUCGUAUAUUUACCGCAACAAGGACGCGCCCAAGUACAUUUUUGGCCACGGCAUGAACAUGUUCGCCGCGCUGCUGUGCAUUCUAACCGCCACUGCGUCGCACCUUAUCAUUGCCCGGCGCAACAAGCAAAAGGAGGCAAACCCGAUCGAUAUCUCGGGCAUGACGCAGGAGCAGAUCGAUGACCUCGAGACGGACCAUCCUGACUUCCGCUACGUCGACUAGUAUGCCCGUCUUAGUUUUUCGCAUAUACAGCUUUCUGUUACCACUUCUUUCCUGC